AUGAGAGGCAUCGCAGGCGUCGUUAAAACAAACAGGCGCUGCCGCGCUCAGGUUACAAUAAGGAACUCGGCUCGGAGGGAGUUACUUCCCCAGGCGCUCAGGGUUAGGGAGGAUUCUCCACGCCCCUUUACCCAUUGUCAGGGCCACCUCGGCAGUUUCCGCUCCCGCCUCGGCUCCUUUCGCCUGGUUACUCUCCGCCCUAUGGGAGAAAGUCGGAAAAGCUUGGAUGAAUAUGAUGAUGAUGAAGCAGGGCAAAAAGAACGUAAAAGAGAAGAUGCAAUCACACAACAAAAUACAAUACAAAAUGAAUCUACUGUUGUGGAUCCAAAUGCUUCAUACAUAUUACAGGACACAUCUAGGACCAUUUCAAAUAGAUACAAAAGCACAACGCCAGAUGAUGAAGUUUCUAAUAGAUGUUCACGUACAGACAGGACAGGAUACAGCAGGUACAACAGGGAUGCAAAUUCUUCUGGAAACUUUGUAUCAACUACUUCUUUGGAAAAGAAGAUUGAAGAUCUUGAGAAGGAUCUAGCAAAGGAGCGACAAGAAAACCUGAGGCUUGUGAGGAUAGCCCAAGACAAAGAAGAGUUGAUUGGAAAAUUGAAGGAGGAAAUUGAUUUAUUAAAUAGGGAUCUAGAUGAUAUAGAAGAUGAAAAUGAGCAAUUGAAGCAGGAAAAUAAGACACUGUUAAAAGUUGUUGGACAGCUGACAAAGUAGAAGAUAGAAGCUGCCAAAGUAGAAGGUGGAAGCCUCGGUGAGGAAGGAAAUAUGAAAACUACUGAUUUGAAUGUUUAAGGAUCAAGAUUAGGAUAUUUCCUUUGUGGCAAUAUGUCAAAACAACUGUCUAUAUUUAUUAUUAAGGGGCAGGGAGAAAUGAUGAAUGUUUUACAUAAUGCUGUUUCCUUGAAACUCAUUCCCUUGAAUUUCCCAAAGUGAUUCAAAUAAUGCUCAUUAACAUGCAGUAUGUGUUUCUAUGUAUAUGACCCAGUUACACUUUUUUAAAAAAUCCUGAUUACUAAGAUCACAGUUUGGUCUAUAUGGAGAUUACUUGUAGGGGAGGGGCUUUUCCCCAUUUUUGAAUAGAAGAAAUAGGAAUAAAAUUUGUUUACACGAGGUCAAAAUAAGUAUUUUGGGAGAUAUUUGUUCUUUGUUUGAACAGCUGUAAAGUGCAGGUACAUUACUGAUAUAAAACGUUUUACAGAGGGUUACUUACUCUGCAAAAAUCUUGUAUGUUGUGAUUUUAUUUUAUACUUUAUCUGAAAUACUGACAAUAAUAGAUAGUAUUUUUCCUGUAUAGAUGCUGUUUGAAAAAAAUGUUUUAUAAAUCAUAAAUAAAUCACCAAUAAUUAUCACAACUAAUAAGUAGUUUUUAGAAAAAUGCAUAUGCUGCAUACUACCACACAGAGCUUGUGUUUCCACAGGAAAAAGAAUUCAAAGAGUGCCAUUUUUUUUUGCAAUUGAUAAAUACUGUGAGCUACUUCAAACAUUACAAAGAUGGUUUAUUGGAUUAAGAACAGUCUUUCUGGUUUUAUAUAUUAAGUUGCAGUUUUCUGAUCUAGAUACAAUGGGAAACUGGUUUAACAGAUCUUAUAAUCUUUGCGUUGGGGGGUAGGUGGGAAAUUAAUAGUAUUUGUUCUUAGCCAAAUGAGUAUGCACCGAAACUGUUUAUCUGAACCAUGCCUAUAGGAAUGGACUGCAUCCAAGGUACAUAUAUCAGGUUAGCAUCAAAAUAAGUCAAGUAUGGUGCAUUCAUUUUGCAACAAUACGAGCAUUUCUAUAAAACUGAUCUACCAAGAUCUUAUGUGAUUCAUAGUGGUUUUUGAAUUGUGAUAAAAGUUUUAAUUAAUAUAGUUUACAAAGGAAGUUUAUGAUUGUUCACCCCUAUAAAAGUAUUAUAGAGAACAUCUUGAAUAACACUAAUGCUUGUUAAAAUAAAGUAUGUUGCAUGUUCUAUUGUA